AUUCGGGGGGCGAAACGUCAUGGCGCGUCUACCUCGAAUGUCCGGCUCCAUCCAAUCCGCGUCUGGACCUAACCACAACCACCCUGGGAUGACUCAUCGGGCGUGGUGGCAACGGAUCAGCACAAGCGCCGCUGUCAUUGCCGCCUAUUUCUUGUGUUCCAUCUCGCUCACCUUCUUUCAAAAGCAAGUGGUUCAGAAGCAUACCUUCCCCAUCACCAUCGUGUUAUGCCACUUGAUCAUGAAGUUCGUGUUCGCCUCGGGCUUUCGAUCAAUUUAUACUUGGUAUACGGCCAAGUCGCGGGUCACCUUGCCGUGGGGCGUAUAUUUGCGGCGAAUCUCUGGCAUUGCGGCGGCUUCAGCCUUUGAUAUUGGACUGUCGCAGUGGGGGCUAGAAUUUGUCACGGUCACGCUCUACACCAUGACUAAAAGCUCAUCUAUCCUAUUCAUCUUGUUCUUCUCUGUGAUAUUUAAGCUUGAGCAAUGUAAUGUAUAUCUACCCGCCAUUACGUUGGCCAUCGGCGGGGGUUUGUUUCUCUUUGUUUAUCAAUCCACCCAAUUCCACUUGUUCGGUUUCACCUUAUGCCUGAUUGCCUCAUUUAUGAGUGGUGCCCGUUGGACCAUCAGCCAAAAAGUGGUUCAGAAAAGUCAGUUAGGCUUAUCCCACCCCAUAGAUAUGAUUUAUCAUAUUCAACCCCUGAUGAUUCUUUGCAUUUUGCCUCUUUCCGUUUUCUUCGAGGGUGCGGAUGUGGCCACAUCUCAAGAGGGCUUUCGUUUUCAAAGCUACAAUGUGAUCGUCCAUCUCGCCGGGUUGGUCUUUUUUGGCGGCACUCUCGCCUUCGUCAUGGAAGCGUUUGAAUACCUCGUCCUUGCCAAAACCUCUUCUUUGACGUUAUCCAUCAUAGGCGUAGUCAAGGAAUUGACUUCAAUAUUUGUGGAUCAAGUCUUUAUGUCACACAACCAGCCCCUUAGCGCGAUUAAUUGGUUAGGGAUGACCAUCUGCGUUCUGGGGAUUCUCAUACACUUGGUGAACAAAUCCAAAGAGACGCCCCAAUCCAUGGCUCAAACAGGCUUAAAGGCCCGGGCCUAUCGACGUCAUAAUCGCCGGGAUUUGGAAUCUGAAUAUGGACUUCCACUUUUAAGCGACGAUUCGGGAGACUUAUCGAGCGACGAGGACUUCUUCUCACCCAACUUGCCCGUUUCUCGGUCUGAUAGCAAUUUGAAAGGUGCUUCCAAUUUCAAAAAUGUGGGAGAAGAGUUUUUCCUCAGAGAGAAUCGCACUUGGACGAGUGUUCGAGAUUCGCACCUUCUAAUGAAAGGUCUAGAUACCGAUGACGAACGCACCGUGCCUGAUAUCCUUUUAGACAAAAACGAGAUUCAAAAAGCCCAAGUAGCCAAACAGCAAUCGAGAAAUGACGAUGUUCUUUUGUCGGAGCUGGAUUUCUUGGACUCUGAUUAAUUUCAUUCUGUUUGUGCCUCCAUCACCGGCAGUUCUGAGCGGCAGAUUCAUGUUUGAAAAGGGUCAUCAUGCUGAUAUCUAGUCAUCUGCACGAGUGGGCCGUCAAUUGAUAUUGAGAUGACAAUGGUCUCGAUUGAGUAACUUUGAGUAAAAUUACUUCGCAAGUGAACCGACAAGUUCGUUAUCACUACUGGAGAGAGCCUGCAACGACAAUGUGAUAUUGACAUUGAGCAUUUAAAUGACACUUUUGUGUUCCAUAGCAUAGGCUAAAUAAACACAUUCCAAAAUGUA